ACAAACACCGAAAGCAAAUAAGUGAAAAAUGAAUGAAAAAUAGCAGAAAUGAAGCAACAGUGAUAGUGAUAAAAAAAGGAAAAUCAAGUAAAAAUUUUACAACAGAAAAAUUACCAACAAUAACAACCACAAUGUCAACGGCUUCAACAAGUGAAACAGACGCUACAAUAAUGAAUAGUUGGUUAUGCAAUAAUAGCAACGGCGUCGUACGAAAUGCAAAGCCAUGCUAUGGCAACAACAACAACAUAAACCACACAAAUAAUAAUGAUAAUAACAACAAAUGGGCGGCCACAGCGUCGCUGCGUCCCGCUGUGGUCGCGGUCGCACUUGCGUUACUCUUCUUGAUUAACAUAUCCUGUGCGGCGUGCGCGCGCGAUCGUCUGCACAAGCAGACACAUCUGGAGGCGAAGGUUGGCUCGCAUGUGGUGUUCAAUUGUCCCAUUGACUUUCCGUAUGAUGUGCCCAUUGAGUAUUGGGUCAACUGGAGCAAGGAUAAUAAAAAAAUCUUCACCUGGUACGAGGGUGAGUCCAUCACAAGUGAGCUUUUCAAUGGACGCUUAAGUCUUGUCACCAAUCAUCCGGAAUAUGGCAAAGCAUCUGUUAAUCUCACCGCCAUACGUGAGUCCGAUCAGGGUUGGUAUCACUGCCAAAUCAUCUUCCCCAAUCGCACGCCAAGUGUGCGCAACAACGGUACACUCUUCCACUUAGCCGUGCAAGGUGGUUCGCUCAUAAAAAUACCGCCAGUGAAUCAAACGAUUAUGGAGGGUCAGACAGCUUUCUUUCAUUGUGUAAUGAAAUACCCAGAAACUUCGUCCAUUGUGUGGUACAAGGAUGGCACGCCAUUGGAGGAGGUGCAGGACUUAAUGCGUCGUUGUCAUACGGGUCCAGAUGGCAGUCUCAGCAUCGAUCCGACAAUGAUGAGCGAUUUAGGUGAAUACGAGUGCCGUGUCAACAACACAGAGGGCGAGUUUCAGUUUGCUAAAGCAUUCCUCAACAUACAAUAUAAGGCCAAAGUGAUUUAUGCACCACCCGAGGUUUACCUGCCGUUCGGUCAGCCAGCGGUGCUUGACUGUCAUUUUCGCGCCAAUCCGCCAUUGAAAAAUCUGCGCUGGGAAAAGGAUGGACUACUCUUCGACUCGUACAAUGUGCCGGGCGUUUUCUACAAAAGCAACGGUAGCCUAUACUUCUCCAAAGUGGACGAGAGUACGGCAGGCAGCUAUACGUGCACACCCUACAAUGACCUCGGCACGGACGGACCAUCGCCCAUCAUUAGUGUAAUUGUAUUGCGACCGCCAAUAUUCAGCAUCACACCGAAACCCAUUUACAUACAGAAGUUGGGCGAAACGGCCGAAUUGCCAUGCGAAGCCAUUGACCGAGACGGAAACAAUCGGCCGACAAUUGUCUGGAGCCGAAAAGAUGGCAGUCCAUUGCCUGAUGAACGUCACACAAUCAAUGCUGGCAAUUUAAUCAUUACGAAUUUGGUCGAAACGGAUCGGGGUAUGUACGAGUGUUCGGCCACUAAUGAAGCAGCGACCAUAACUGCCGAAACGGAAUUGAUGAUCGAGAAUAUUGCACCGCGCCCACCCUACAAUUUGACAGCGAAUAGCACGGAAACAGCGAUAACGGUACGCUGGCAGCCAGGUUACCUGCGCCCCAAUCUGGAAUACACUGUGUGGUAUCGUCUUACCGAAUCGCCCGAGUGGCGCACAUUACGCAUUCUACAGAAGAACAUCAUGGAAGCCACCAUACAAAGUCUGCAGCCUGGACGAGAAUACGAGUUCAUGGUGCUCAGCCAGGACAAAUAUGGCGAUGGAAUGUUCAGCAAAACGCUACGAUUUUCAACGCAACAAUCGAGCAUCGAAUCGAACGAGGCCAACACUUUGCAUGAGUCCAAUCCGUUGGCGAGCAGCAUUAGCCCACCCUGGAAUUUGACCGCCACCAAUAACGUACAAGGCUGGUUACUGCAUUGGCAACAUCCAAAACGUGGCUCGGAAUCGGUGAGGCUGUACACCGUGCGCUGGUGGAAGGAACCCGAACAUUUUCUCAUCGGCACCAUCGAAACAUUCGACAAUUUCUAUCAGUUGCGUCACCUCAAAGAGGACGCCAUCUUCAAGAUACAAGUGAUAGCAACUUCAAUCAAUGGCGAACAGGUGGCUGGCGAUGUGCUCACCAUCGAAGUGCCAUCCCAUCGCAAGACACGUGCCUUACUCAUCGGCAGCACUGUUGGCAUUAUCUUCCUGCUGUGUGCGCUGGUCGCCUUUUUGUAUGUCAAACGUAGCUGUCUGCGGCAUCUGUUCGUUAGCGGUGGUAACGACGAUGACACCAAAGAUAGCGAAAAGAUGAAUAAUACCUGAGUAUAUGAAAUUAGCUGGCAAUUUCACAAGCAAACGGUGAGCGAGAGCCAAUGAAGCGGUUGAAGCGGAUGGUGGAAGCAAAAGGAGAGACGGGAGUAAUGAAAAGGGGAGCCAAAACCAAAGCCACAGCCAUAAGUCGCAUUUUCAUACGACAUGAACAAAAACACCCCAUUGAAUUGAAUCGAGCAGAAAUCGAGUUUUUAUUUUAUUUUUUAAGUUACUUACUAUGGACAUCAUAUUCUUCAUAUCGGAGCAGCCAGUUGCAAUAAAUGAAAUUGAAUAUUUAAGUGCGAGAUUUUAAAUUAAUACCUAAUUAUGAACUCGAAUGUAAGAUAUUAAUACUAAAAAAUGUAACAAUCGUAUAUUCUAAUUGUAAAUUUAAAUGUAAAACUAACUGCGGUGAAAAUUUGUUAAAAUAAACUAAGCAUUCCAAUUGAAA